AUGUGGAGCCGAUCGAUCCGAUCCGCAGCUGUGCAGGCCAAACGCCAAGGCAUUCGAUCGAUGGCUACAAAACAAUCGUCUUUAAAUGGAAAAGGAGCAUUUGAUGGUCUCUACAAGGUGUUUAUGAAGAGCACACCUGUUUAUGUGACUACGGUAUUGAUCGCCGCCCUCGUAGCAGAGGGGGUGUAUGGGUCCGCUACGAAUUACAUUUGGGAAGCCAAUAAUCGUGGCCGUCUAUACCACCACAUUGACUGGUCGAAAUUUGCUCAAGAGGAGGAAGAGGAAGAGGAGGAAGAGGAGGAGCAAGAAGAAGAAGAGGAAGAAGAGGUGAUGGAAGAUGCUCACGUGGACGAUGAAGAGUAUGACGAAUAA